GCCAUGCCAGGGAUUGUUGUGUUCCGCCGUCGCUGGUCUGUAGGCAGCGAUGACCUGGUUUUGCCAGCCGUCUUCCUCUUCCUCCUGCAUACCACCUGGUUUGUGAUCCUCUCUGUGGUGCUCUUUGGGCUGGUGUACAACCCCAACGAGACCUGCUCGCUUAACCUGGUGGACCACGGCAGAGGCUACCUGGGCAUCCUGCUCAGUUGUAUGAUCGCAGAGGUGGCAAUCAUCUGGCUCAGCAUGCGAGGCAGUAUCCUGUACACAGAGCCCCGGGACUCGAUGCAGUAUGUGCUCUAUGUCAGACUGGCUAUCUUGGUGAUUGAGUUUGUGUAUGCUAUUGUGGGCAUCGUUUGGCUAACGCAGUACUACACUUCCUGCAAUGAUAUCACAGCAAAGAGUGUCACUUUGGGAAUGGUGGUGUGCAACUGGGUUGUCAUCCUGAGCGUCUGCAUCACUGUCCUGUGCGUCUUUGACCCGACAGGCCGGACCUUUGUCAAACUGCGCGCCACGAAGCGGAGACAGCGCAACCUGAGGACAUACAACCUGCGACACCGCCUGGAAGAAGGGCAAGCCAGCAGCUGGACACGCAGACUCAAAGUCUUUCUUUGCUGCACACGGACAAAAGACUCUCAGUCGGACGCCUACUCUGAAAUCGCCUACCUUUUUGCUGAGUUUUUCCGAGACCUUGACAUCGUCCCAUCUGACAUCAUUGCAGGCCUGGUUCUUCUGCGCCAACGGCAGCGGGCGAAGCGCAAUGCCGUGCUGGAUGAGGCAAACAAUGACAUUUUAGCUUUUCUGUCUGGGAUGCCAGUGACCAGGAACACAAAGUAUCUGGAUCUGAAAAAUGCGCAAGAGAUGCAGCGGUACAAAGAGGUGUGUUACUACAUGCUGUUUGCCCUGGCUGCCUAUGGCUGGCCCAUAUACCUGAUGAGGAAGCCCACAUGUGGACUCUGUCGCCUGGCCAGAUCCUGCUCAUGUUGCUGUCUCUGUCCUUCACGUCCCCGCUAUGCACCUAGUGUCACCAUUGAAGAGGAUAAUUGCUGUGGCUGCAAUGCCAUUGCCAUCCGGCGCCACUUCUUGGAUGAGAAUAUGACCUCGGUGGACAUUGUUUACACAUCUUGCCACGAUGCAGUUUAUGAAACGCCUUUCUAUGUGGCUGUGGACCAUGAUAAAAAGAAGGUGGUCAUUAGUAUCCGAGGAACUCUGUCUCCAAAAGAUGCCCUUACUGACCUAACUGGGGAUGCAGAGCGCCUUCCAGUUGAGGGUCACCAUGGAACAUGGCUGGGACACAAGGGAAUGGUGCUAUCUGCUGAGUACAUCAAGAAGAAAUUGGAGCAAGAAAUGGUGCUUUCUCAAGCUUUUGGCCGAGACUUAGGGAGAGGAACAAAACACUACGGCCUGAUUGUGGUUGGUCAUUCCCUAGGGGCUGGCACGGCUGCCAUCCUGUCCUUCCUCUUGCGUCCGCAGUACCCAUCACUGAAGUGCUUUGCCUAUUCUCCCCCAGGUGGGCUGCUGAGUGAGGAUGCCAUGGAGUAUUCAAAAGAGUUUGUGACUGCAGUCGUGCUUGGCAAAGAUCUAGUGCCCAGAAUCGGUCUCUCUCAGCUGGAGGGAUUUCGCCGGCAGCUUCUGGAUGUUCUUCAAAGAAGUAACAAACCAAAGUGGCGAAUCAUUGUGGGCGCUACGAAGUGCAUACCCAAGUCAGAGCUCCCUGAAGAGACGGAAGAAAAUUCGGUAACGAGUAAUCGCCUCUGGACCCAUCCCAGUGAUCUGACUAUUGCCCUGUCUGCAAGCACACCACUCUACCCACCUGGCCGCAUCAUCCACGUGGUGCACAACCACCCUGCAGAGCAGUGCUGUUGCUGCGAGCAAGAGGAUCCCACUUACUUUGCUAUCUGGGGUGACAAUAAGGCGUUUAAUGAAGUGAUCAUUUCACCAGCGAUGUUGCACGAACACCUCCCAUAUGUGGUCAUGGAAGGGCUCAACAAGGUCUUGGAGAAUUACAACAAGGGGAAAACAGCUUUACUUUCUGCAGCCAAAGUGAUGGUGAGUCCUACAGAAGUGGAUCUCACCCCGGAGUUGAUCUUCCAGAGUCAGCCCUUGCCUAGUGGACCCUCAGUGCAGAUCGGAACUGGCGCCGUAACAGUGGACAGAAGGAACAGCAGUACUAAGAGCAAGUCCCAGUCUGAAAUUAGCUUGGAGGGGUUUUAUGAGACAAAGCCAGUUUCUCCUGUGCAGAAAGACCCUGUGGAGCUGCUUCUCCUGGACACAAAGGAACGUCUGUCUGUGGAGCUGCAGGACCGUCGUGCCCCUCUCGCGACCAUGGAGAGCCUCUCGGACAAUGAAUCCAUCUACAGCUUUGAUUCAAGGCGCUCCUCUGGUUUUCGGAGCAUCCGGGGCUCCCCCAGCCUCCAUGCUGUCAUGGAGAAGGAUGAGACACACUGCUUUUAUAUAGACCCUGUUAUCCCUGAGGAGAACCCCUCCCUCAGCUCGCGGACAGAGCUGCUGGCUGCUGACAGCCUCUCCAAGCACUCCCAGGAGACUCAGCCCCCUGACAAUGUCCUCAACAGUGGUGGCACUACCCCCCAGCGACGCUGCAGCGAGGAGGGGGCCAGCAGCGAGGGGGACCGCGUUUCCUUAGCCCCUCGUGAGGAGCUGUCCCUCCAGAACGGACGGCUCACCGAUGUUCCCAGUCCCCAAGUGCUGGAGUUUGCUGAGUUCAUAGACAGCCUCUUUAAUUUGGAUAGCAAAAGCAGCUCCUUCCAGGACAUCUACUGCAUGAUGGUGUCAGACAGCUCCAGUGACUUUGCAGAGAUGCCCAAGUCUGUCAGUGAUCAGGAGAUCCUGUUGAGGGCACAAUAUGAACCCAACCUAGUCCCAAAGCCCCCGAGGUUGUUUGCAGGCUCAACAGAUCCUUCGUCGGGCAUCUCUGUCUCACCCUCUUUCCCCCUUAGUUCGUCUGGAGAACUCAUGGACAUCACUCCCACAGGCGUGAGCAGCCAGGAGUGCCUGGCCACUGACAAAAUCCGGACUUCCACCCCCUCUGGGCAUGUAACCAGCCCUGCCAAGCAGGACGACCUCAUGAUUUCGGCCCUCUAGUGCAGGGUAAAGGGGUGCGGCUCUGAGAGCUGAUCCCGUAGGCUGAGUGCUGGGAUAAUACUGGGAGGAGGUGGUCAUCGGGCAGUUCGGAUUGGAGGAGACAGCUGGAAACAUUCCUUCUGGGGUGACACAGUGGUGGCACGCUGGUGUCUGGAGGAUGGAUUGUGCUUGAGUCCUGUGCUUGCAGCUGGGAGAAGAAGCAUUGCCUCGCGAGGCCUGCUACACUAAGAGGGUCUGAGUCACUACAGGUAGAUGCAAGUUCCCUACCUCAGCCUGUCUCAUUUCAUUUCGGAGGCAGAUUCCUUGCCCCAGGGCACCUGCUGAGUUUGGGAGUGAGAUACCCUCCUUCAGGGAAUCCUCUGGGGUGAAGGGGUGGAUUCUUUGAAGCUCGAGGAUUGGAUAGACAGAAGCAAGGGGGCCAGGCCAGAUCAACCCCUUGGUACUGUGUCAGUGGUUUUGGAAAUGAGCGGAUUGAGACUUUGGGCCCUAUUGCACUACCACGUCGGAUCUGGCCCAAGAUCCAAUUCGUCACACUUCCAUGGGGAUUGCUUUUGUAGGACACUCUCCUGUUUUAAAGCCAUUGGGGCUGUAUUCUCCCCAAAUGCAGUCUCCCCUCCCCUGGCCAGGUGCAGCAAGAAUGGGGCUGGCGCUGUGUUUUCUCUCCCCUGAGUACUUCUGUGUUCAGUGACCACCAGGCUGCUUCGGAGAGGAAAGGACACCGUUCUGAAGAGCCAGAGCCCUCUGCUAUGUCCCUCCUUUGCCAGAAAGAGUUCUCCUGGAUGUCACCAUCAUCACUUCUCAGUUCCCUGGACCACUCUGAGCUGGCGACAUUCCUGCAGGACUGACAGGAUUCUCAUCUCAGAGCUGCAUGGAUGGAUCAACUCAAAAAUUUAACAGGCUUCUUGACAUCCAGUGUUAUUUGCCAGGUCCCUGCGGAGCCUGGGAGCCUCUCCUGGACUCCGCUGGGUCCUCACACCGCCCGUUUGCAGCAAUUGCAGAUCAGUGCCAGCCUCUGUCAUUGGGAGUUCAGGGAAAAGAUGAACUUCUACUAAGUAUUGAAAUCUCUUGUGUGUUUACAGAGCUGCUAAGCUUUUUUGGAAGGUAUUUAUUAAGCAAACAGGGAGGCUUUCCCUAAGCAAAAAGCACGUUCAUUCUCUCCUUCCUGUGCUGUUCCCUCUGGGGACUGAGGGGAGAGAGGAUGGGCAGGUACGAUUGCAAGUCCCCUGCUUUUAAAGUGGAUUGGAGUCUGGGGGAAGCUGCGUGUGUCCCUUGCCCACCCUCCCUCGUCCAGCUCCCCAUUGCACAACACCGCAUUGCAAAGCUUGACCAAGUCGCUAGUAAAACUACCUGAGCGCUGCUGCACAGAGCCUCGGUGCCCGGAGGAGCCUGCUAUAGACCUGUCUAGGCAGGGACUUUCCAAUGAUGGAAGCAGGAGAGAAACUACCUAUCUAGAAAGUUAAACAUACUGUGACCUGUAGAAGGCCUUUAAUUGACAAAACACCUUCAUAUCAAAGCUCAGCGCAGUUACCAAUCAGUCUCACUGGAGCUCUGUCCUCCCUCACUGGAAAAGCAAUUCCUGUUUUAACUUCCUUAUAAUCACAGAAAUGUUAUUGCCCUCCUUUCCCCUCCUUAGCUGUGAUAUUUCCGUUGUGGGAGGAUGCUGUGCUUCCCAGGACCUUAGCUCAUGACAAAUCCCUCAGCUCCUGUUAUCCCCAGCCUCUAGCUGUGUUCGUUGAAUUGUCUCUGGAAGCCCCAGGCAUGGGUCAGGGCUGUGCUGUCCUGGGUGCCACACAAACAGAGCAUGAGUGGUGUCAAAUGCCAUCGAGUCAGAACGAGAGCACUUUAUAGCCGGUGUGCAUUGGUGUGAAUGACUUCAGGUGCACAGAAGUGAACUGGACUUUGUGUCCAAGUGCCGAUCUCCCACUCAACAAUUUCCUGUGGCAUACUUUGUCCCUUGCUCCUUAUAAAUUACAGGGCCUUUAGAAGCGCAGGGACUUUGUUAAAUGGGCAGUAAAAUACUGUCCCUAUGGUUUAGGUUCCAAAGGUGACCUUUUCUGUACUGUCUUGAAUUGGAGGGAAGAAGCCCCUCUGAAUUCCAAGUAAUUUGUAAAAGAAGAAUGCUUUCAUGCUGCGCAACAAGAAGUUACUUUUUUCUUUGUAAGCCCUUCAGAAAAGAGCAGUGUUGUUCCCCUUGCCGAGAGCUUGUGUGGUUCAGGAGCUCGUGUAGAACAGCUAUGUAAGUGCCAUCAGAUCAUCCACUAUUGCAGAUCACAGGGUAAGGCUGAAUUUGCUGCACACACCCAAGAAACACUAAAAAGGUGGUGUCUGGGAAUACGCACAAUAAACUGGGUAGUUUUGAGGGGGGAAAAGGGAAGCCGAAGUGUAGGGAGGCUGAGGCUAGCAGGCUAGCUCACCUCCUGAUGCAGACUGCUGACACGUCUUGAUAGAGCGGGGAAAAGGAGUUCAUUUCUGCCUUUAAUCGUCGGCAGAAGAUGGGUAGUAAUAACACUUAGCACUUAGGCAGAGCUUUAUAUCUGCCUUUACAAACAUUAAUGAAAGCACUUUACAAACAUUAAUGAAAGAAUCAUCUCUGUCCCUGGCAGUGAGGUAUUAGGAGAUGGCCAUCUCUGCGACUAGGUGGAACUACUGGUGCCCUACCUGAGGAUGGUGGGGAGAUGACUCAAGGUGAGGAAGGUGGAUUAUCUCCCUCUUAAGAAAAAAAAAUGUUGUUUCAGGAGUGACCUGAUGAUGUUUAAUGGGUCACGAUAUUGCACUAGAAAGUCACUUCUGACCUGGGCGUACCUCCGCUAUGUCCUGGAAGACACAAUCGUUGUGUGUGACUGUUUCCUUCUCUGUGCCAUUGGAACUGUGUCCCCAGGGAAUGGGGUUACCUUGCCCUGACCAGCUGUAGCAGGAAACAGCCUGGCAUGCUGCAUUUUUUUGCUUUGUUUGUGCUCUGUGAUUAUUAGGCUUCUUCUGAAAAGCCUGGAAAUACCUAAUGCUUGUGACCUGGGCUUGCCAUAGAUCACGGCAGUAAAGGUGCAAAAGAGCCCUUUUAGUUAAGGUUCUUGUUGUAUCACAUUAUGGGUAAUUCCUGUUUUCCGUUGUUCUCUCUUGACAAACACAUCUGUUCCCAGUCCUCACAAAGUAAAUCCACGUUCUUUGUGUUAUUUCUGCUUUAAAUGUCUUUCUGUGUCUUGGUUCUCAUCACUCCUUUGCUGUAAGAGCAUUUGGACAGGCUGAUCUCCUAUUUCAUGCUGGAAGAGCAUAUCUGGAAAGUUUUGGUUUUUUUUUAAAAAGAAGCUAAGCCUGUAGCUACCUCCUUCACUUGUACUGCACACUGUUGCCUGCUUUCUCUGCCCUCACUCCACUCUGAUGUGCAGCUGUCUUUGGAAACAUGAAGCGUCUUCAGAUUUCUUAAUCUCUUGGCUUCUGGUUCCUACUCUUACGCUUUGUGCCUUCUAAUCUUUGUAUGUUCCCUCGAUAUUUCAAUGGGAUGUUCCAGCCCACGGGGAGGCAGUGCUGGAAGUGCAGUUCAUAGUGCCUGACACCCUAGACCCCAGCCAAGCAGCCAGCAGUUCGCUCGGUUCAAUGACACAUCCUUAAAAUCCCCUCUCAGAACUUUUUGGUAGAGGUGUGGAGCCGAGGCCAUGCAGUUCCUGGAGAGCAGAGAGUGGGCUUUGUGCACUUUAAUUUUAAAGUGCAGCAAGUGAAACCCUCUACACCAAUGCGGCUUUGCCAAAGAGUCUAGCAGGGUUCUCUGCCCUUUCCACGAUCCCCUGGUGCGGCAGAUCUCAGCUGGCUGUGUAAUUGGCACUUGCCGUUGCAUGCUUGUUCGCGAUAUUCUCGGCAGGCUGUAGUGGAAUGUAAUCCUGAAGCCUUGAAGCAUUCACAGGGGCGACACGGGAGGCCCUUAAGUAGGUGUGUGUCGAGCUCCAUCCAACAGCUUGGGAACGGCCUCUGACCCUGCUGCGAACGCGCUCACAAGGUGUGAAGGGUUUGGUACUGCUGUCCAUUUUUUUGCACUUAGAAGCUGCACUCCAGCCCUUUUGGGUGUGUCCAAAGUGGAAUAAAAUAAUCCCAUUGAUAAUAUCCCAGUGAGUUUUGAUCGUCAAGCCCUUAGCAUGUAAUGUUGGCUGGCUGUGGUUUUGGAGGCUCUUUUGCAUCAGUAAUAAUUGCUUUUAUUGUUGCUUUAAUUGCAGCAGUGCCAAGAACUUAUACAGGAUCUUGCUGUGCUGAGUAUGUACAAGUGCUGAACAGAAAGAAAGCCCUUCUCCAAUACUUACCAUUAUUCCCUCUCCUUCUCUGGGGAGCUGCCCUCUCCAUUUGGAACAUGGGUUUUUUUCUCCUAAAACUGCCACUCUCUAACCUUUCCUCUUUUCUUUGCUCCUUAUUCCUGUCACCUAACCAGGAGCCACCUUAGCUCUCUUCUUGGUUGCUCUGUCUCAGGAUGAUGGUGUCUUAGUCCACAUCCUUGAUAACACCACUUAAGCACAGGAAAGCUAUUCCCUGUGAUCUCGUGAUGACCUGAAACAGUUGAAUGGGAUUCCUGUCUUGAUUCACUUGAGAGUGCUGCUGCCCUCUGUGGCAGCUAAGGCUAUCUAGAAAGGUCAAAGCGCUAUCAACACUGAGAAGUUCUUUAGCCAUCUCCUAGCUUUUGCUUACCUGGUCUGUGGUCAGUAUUUUCAGUGUUCGUUCAUAAUCUCUGCAACUUUUUAAGAACUUUUUUCAAAGUAAACAGGCGUUACAUGAGAUAUUUUGCUCUCUACCAGAGGACUGAGGUGGCAAAGCUGGUUGUGAGUGUAGCUAUACAAACCCAGUGACUCCCAUUUCUGUAUUUUUAGGACAUCGUUGCUUAGAUUGCAAUAACAGCUGAAGGUCCCAACCAGGAACAGGAUUUAGGUGGGAAGUAGGUGUUGCUGUCAAUGAACAAGGGCACGUAAGAAGGAGGAAAAGCACUGAGCAUGGAGAUAGAGGAUCAGUGUGUGCUCCUUGGAGCUGCUCCUGCUGCCGGAGUCUUGACUUGUUGCUGUGUCCUGUCUCUAUCAAAAGAAACAGAACAGGGCUGAUCUGUAUCAAGCGCAGCAAACUGGAUGAAUACGGCUUUACUUUUUCAAAUAUCAUCUCCUAAUAAGGUUCCCCUCUGCUCGGUUUCACUCUUUGUAAUCUGGGCCUAAUUAAGCGGGGUUUUUAAACCUUCCCUUAGUAUCUUAAGUGAUUUUGUUUCUUUAUCAGGUGUCCCUUUGAUUUUUCACUGCUCUAGAUUAAUGUGGGCCCCAGUCUUAAUGUGCUCUCUGUAAAGCUUUUCCAUGUUUCUGGUUACUACUGCUUCCCACUUUUAAAUUCAUUUUAAUCCUUCCUGUAUCCUGCUUUUAGAUGGGGCGAUGAGAUCUGUACAUCUUUGAGAGCAUCCUGUUGAUUUGUAAAAUGGCCUCUUCUAAUACAUUCUUUAUACACUUAGAUGUUUUCUCAGCUUUUUUAUCUGCCUGCAGGCAAAGACCAAUAUUUUCACUGAAUCGCCCACACAGAUACCCAGUUUAAUUUACAAAGUGGGGCAUAUGAAUAAUCAGAAUUAUCCCUUGCAAUGGGGAUUAGUUGGGGUUAAUCAUUGCUGAAAUGCAUGUGUUGGUGUGUUUAGAGUUUGUCUUUUGUGGCCAUAUCCCUACAGGGAAGACUGGGAGAAAGAGCAUCAGUUUUAACUAGCCCAAAAUAUCCGUGCUCUGUCGUUUGCUGUUGUAUUGGCACCCUGUUGCUUGCCCCUUUCCUAGGAUAGCUGUUAGACCUUUCUCAUAGGAUACAUAUUACCUAUGCAAACUGUACUUGGGUUCCUUUACACGUUUGACAACCUGAACAAGUGGGUUUUUUAGAUGUAGUAAAACUUGGAGCGUCUUAAAGUUUAGCUACUGAGCUACAAGCUCCUCGUUGUUUCUGCUGGUGAGUGGAUGCCAUGUGCACACAUAAGCACUGCGCAUGUUCGUCAACGUAGCCCGCAUCUAAAUCCCAACAGAACGACGAUGCUGGAGGGCAUUCUAGCCUAACCUGUUGCAUUUCCACAGUCAACAGAAGCCCUUCUGCGUUUGCCUUGGGAAUCGGCUGGGCUGGAGCUCUGCUCGAUGCUGGGUUCACUUUGUGCUUACGCGUACCCACCGCUGGGAUAUUCCCCUCCCUUGGCAGGAGGAGGACGUUCUGGCUUUGCAGCAAGGGUAGCGGUAGCAUUUUAUUUCCAUUUUUGUAGGUAUGGUGGUUGCAACUGCUGCCUGCAGAGCAUGUUAAGCCACGCAGGUUGGUAAUUUGCUGAUAAAGUGGUUUAUAAGUCUUUAAAUGUAAUGCAGAAAUACUGGCAGACAUUUAAAAUUACCUCUAGCCCUCAACAAACCUAGCAGCUUUGCUUUUUGCUUAAAAGCUCCUUCAGCUUUCCUCCAAUCUGUAGCAUUACAAUUGUUCCUUUCUGCUCAGACAACUGAAGUCUGAGAUGGCUUUUGCUGACAAUCCUUCCAUGCUGUCACUUGUCAUCCCUUCCGUUUAAAUUCACCCCGCUAAAGCUGGAUUUUUGCUGAGACCUGUUAUUUAAUUAUGCUGCUGCCAACAGACUCUCACAGAGCUUCUCUGCACUUUAGGAAGUUAUAGACAAUCUCUGCGGUCCUCUUUCUAGUUGGAAAAGCAUAGGGUGAGUAGAUACUCAUUGGCUAAGUGCUCCCUUAUUAGAGUUCUGUAGCAGCAAAAGUCACGAGUUAUGGAAGUAAAAGGGAAAUGGGUCAGAUAUCUAAUGCACUGAACCUGAAAGCUCAGUGUAAAGAGCGAGACAGAUUUAACACGGAUGGUGGGUGUUUCUUAGCUGUGAAAUGUCAGCUGCUUCCCUGCUUGCAGUGUGCCCGGUGCCUCUUUAGCCUGCCUAAGGAAAGGGAGGGUUGGAAACUCAGCGGUUUUGCACAGACUGCUCUGAGUGAAGGAAUACGUCGCUCUGAAGCAUCGGAAAGCACUGGCUGGAUCAGGCUUGUUGCACCUUCUUCUCGGAGCCUGUGCGGUACUGAACUGCAGCGCUGGAUUUAGGGAAGAACUGCAUCUCUUGUGCCAAAGCUCCCUCUCAUGGUCCUCCUGCGUGGAGGAGGCGAUGCUCCAUGUUGCAGGCAGAGUGCAUCCUGGUGGAGGCAAACGUUGCCUGUUCUCGGCAGCUGUGGGAAGGAUGAGAGAAAGAAAGAUUGCAGCUGGGAGGUGGGACUUGGCCUGGGAGUUCCUUGCUCGCCAGUCAGAUGGUCAUGCUGGUGUUAUGGGUCAAGCGUGAGAGGUAUGUGAAAUAGAUUAUCUGCAUUCAUUGAUGUCCUCCUCCCCCUUGCCAGCUCCUGAGCGGGCUGUGUGUCUGCUCCGUUCCCUUCACGGCAGGAGCCACUGCCCCUCGCAGCGAGACGUGGCAGGUUAGAUGGCAAGGACGAGCCGGGGGGGGCUGUGGUUUGUUUGCUUCCGAGUUUUAUAUUCCAGCUCUGAGAGUCGGGGCCUUCACUGCCAAGAUGGGUGAGUGUUAGAUCUGUGGCAGACAGAGCCUGAACCCUAAACCCUAUUAAUUUGUAAACUCUGUGUCAUUAGAGCGGAGAAAUAUUUUUAGGAAGGAGAUCUCUGGCUGUAUAACGACAGCCUGCUGUGCGGAGGGCAGCGUGUUCUGCAGAGCAGCAAGGCUCUUGGCUUCCUUGUGUGGCAGGAGUACUGCGAACUGCCAAACUUCUGCUGCGCUUUUCUUCCCCGUCUCCCGACUGUAUCUGCGCCUAGCAUUUCCCUGAGAGCUGUUACGCUCUGUGCGGGAGGAUGUUGCUAGCCUAAACUUAGGCUGCUUAAGGGCAUGCACCCUGGAAAUUGAAAACAAUCGAGGAGAACACAAUUCCUUGCUUUGUCAUAGGGACUUGCAGUCCUAAAAAGCAUCAGCUGUCUCCAAGCACUUUGCUGUCUCUGUUACUGUUGUUGUUUUCUUUUUUUUUUUUGCUUAUUUUCUUGAGUUCAUACCUGUUGUGCCUUUGUUUUCCUUUGGCUUGAGGUCCAAGCCUCCUGCUUGGAGACCAGACAUCUGCCAGCUUCCUUUCCCGCUUCUGCGCGUUAUUUCUUCUCUGGGUGUAUGAAAGGGAAUGCAGCGUGACCAAGGACGGGUUCAGAGUUGCCCUUGCUGCCGGGCCCUCUCUCCCUCAGCUAGGACUUGCCACGUUUCCCCCCUGUCCCCUGCUGCCUCAGGUCGUACCCAAGUGCCACUAGCAAAGCCUGACCUGAGGCAGGCUGUUCCCCCGAACCCACGCCGCAGUUACCCUGCCAGCCCCCUCCGAUCUACAACCUCAUCUUAUGCAAAGCGAGUGGUUUCCGUGCAGGAGGAAGGGAAGACUUCCUACCACUUCUUACCUUUGGUGUACGUGACCUCAGUCAGUAUUUUAACAGGUCUGUUCAUGAGUAAAACUUCCUCUCAGGUCUAUUCACGAGUAAAACUCUUUCUACUCUUUCAAGAUCUGACUCUGUUUUUGCAAGAACUUGUGCUGAAAGGGACUUAACGUAUUCUGAACUGUCCGCCGCAGUUUUGAUUUAUUGACGUUUCUCUCACUGGCUCUGGGACAGCCAUCUUCCAAAGGUAAGCUCUCUUUUUAGAGAGUUGGGCAUUUUUUGCUGCUUUCAUUGCUGUGUUUGAGACCUCUGACCUCACCGUGUCAUCCUGUGCUCUGUUUCUCAUUUACUGAAGUUUUCUACCUGCCCACCAUAUCUGUAUGACGAGGGGACCUCUGU